AUGUCAAAAUCCAAAUCCAGCGGUCACGGUGCCUCCAAUGUCGCAAUAAAGGACUCAAAACCCAAUACCGCGAAUAACCCCACCGACGUUCCCUCGAACGACUCGUUCAAAGAUUUGCGGAGUAAAAUCCAAGCGCAGUUUCAAACUCUCUCGCAGAAAGGAGCCACAUAUAAAUCGAGGGAUUCAAAAGACAAACCCCAAGAAAAGAAGCAGGGGAAGAAUAAAGAGGACCGAACAGGACCAGAGCGGGGCAAGAAACGAGAUCGCAAUGGAGAAGUGCUGAAGCAGAGUGGUUCAACAACUACACGACCAUCGAAGACUACUGUACAAGAUGUGGUACCAGAGGGCGUAGACGAAGAGUUCUUCAAGGAGGUCCAAGCGCUGGGAGGAACCACCGAAGAUCUCGACCUGUUGGCCGAUGCAGAUUCCGACUCAGAGGUCGAAGGUUUGCUCGAUGAGCCAUCCAAGACUGCCGGCUCCGGGGAUCAUGCGGCCUUAGGAAAAGGCAUGAACAAUAUUCUGAAAGAAAUUGCUCUUGCACAGGGAGAGUUGGAAGACGAGGAGUCAACAUCAGAUGAAUCCGAAGUCGAAGUUGAGGAGAGUAUAGUACAGGCAAAGAUGACCUCAGCGAAAACUCCCAUUGAGGAAGACACUCGUCGGUCAGCCAAAAAGGGACGAGAGCUACAGCCAACAUACGUCUGUGAACCGAAACCUGACUGGUUUGAGGUUGAACCACCACACGUCAACCUUGAAAAGACUCUACGUGGUUCGUUGUCUCCAGCGAUAGUAACAGAGCUAUAUGAACAUGCCAAGCAUCUCCUUGAUGAAGAGAAUCGGAAAUUCAAAUCAGCACAACAAUCAUCUUCACAGUCCUUCUACAACACAGUGAUCACGUCAGGUACUCUGUCUGAUAAGAUUUCAGCAUUGACCCUUGCUGUUCAAGAGUCUCCCAUUCAUAAUGUUCGGGCGCUGGAGUCUCUUAUUGGAUUGGCUAGAAAGAGAAGCAGAUCACAGGCGGUUGAUGUGCUGAGGUCUCUCAAAGAUCUUCUUGCCCAAGGUUCACUUCUGCCCGAAUCACGAAAACUUCAAACCUUCGCGUCACAGCCUACUCUACCCUUUCUGUUCAACAGGACUCAAACUUGGAAGAGAGGAGACAAGCUCCCAAGGGGACUGAAGGAACACCACCUUGUGGUUUGGGCUUAUGAGAAUUGGCUGAAGGAACAAUAUUUUGAAAUCCUGAAGAUUCUCGAAGUCUGGUGCAACGAUGAGAUUGAGUUUUCAAAGUCAAAGGCAGUCAGCUUCGUGUAUGAACUACUAAAGGAAAGACCAGAACAAGAGUCAAACUUGUUGAGAUUGUUGGUCAACAAGCUUGGAGAUCCGAUCAAGAAGAUCGCAUCACAAGCGUCAUAUCUACUGAUGCAGCUUCUUAUCACCCACCCAGCAAUGAAAUCAGUGGUUGUAUCGGCGGUUGAGACGGAUUUUAUUUUCAGACCAGGACAAAGUCUUCAUGGUAAAUAUUAUGCAGUUGUGACUCUCAAUCAAACAGCAUUGAGUGGGAAAGAAGAGGAAGUCGCCAGUAAGCUGCUAGACAUUUAUUUCGGCCUCUUCACUUCGCUUUUAAAGAAUACGGAAACAAAUCUGGUCCCAGUUCCUGAGAAGGCAGAACCUGAAACAGGACCUGCGGGAAACCCUCGGAGAAGGAGGAACAAGAAACCGAAGGCCACUGUUCAGCCACAAGCAGAGGAGUUGAGGGAGAAGCUCAUUUCUGCUAUCCUAACUGGUGUCAACCGUGCAUAUCCUUAUGCCGAGUCUAAGGAGAAAAGCUUUUCCGAUCAUUUGGAGACGCUGUUCAAGGUUACACAUUCAUCCAAUUUCAACACCAGUAUCCAAGCGAUGCUCCUGAUACAGCAGGUAUCCGCAACUCACAAAGCUUCCAAUGAUCGAUUCUACCGAGUGUUAUACGAAUCACUGCUCGACCCUCGUCUUCUGGUUGCAUCGAAGCAACAAUUAUAUCUGAAUCUCCUACACCGAGCUCUCAAAGCUGACUUGAAUGUCAAGAGAGUGAAGGCUUUUAUCAAGCGUCUGUUUCAAGUAUUAUCCUUGCACGAUGCAUCAUUCGUUGUUGGUGCAUUUUUUCUUUUACAAGACCUUGAGAAGACAUUCCCCUCCUUGGCAGGACUGAUUGAUCAAGCGGAAGAUCACGAUGAUGAUGAAGAAGUCUUCCGCGACGUGGAGGAAGAUGGGACUCAGGCACCGAAUGUCAGCGACUCAAAUAUUCAGGCAUCGUUAUAUGACGGACAUAAACGUGCGCCCGAGUACGCCAACGCGGACAACAGCUGUGUUUGGGAGCUUCUACCAUUCCUUGCACAUUUCCAUCCUGCUGUGUCGCUAAGUGCAGAUCAUGCAUUGCGCCAUGCUAAGUUACCAGGCAAACCUGAUCUCACCUUACAUACCCUCAGUCACUUUUUGGACCGAUUUGUUUACCGAAAUCCCAAAUUGGGUGUGUCUGGGCUUCGUGGUUCAUCAAUUAUGCAACCUAUGGCAGCUAGUGACUCACAGAAUGUAUUGAUUCCAGGUACAUUUGCCGCUCAGCGAAGACUACCAGUGAACAGCGAAGCAUUCAGAGUCAAGAAGGAUGGAGACAUUGCAGCAGAAGAUGUCUUCUUCCACAAGUAUUUCUCCAGCUUAGGAGAUGCAUCUAGCAAGAAGAGCAAGGAAAAGAAGAAGAAGCAUGAUUCUGACGACAAUGAAGGAUCUGAAGAUGAAGACGAAAUCUGGAAGGCGAUGAUGCAAAGUGCUCCAGCAGAUAUAGAGGGCGACGAAGACAGUGAAGACGACCUGGAUUUGUCCGAGCUCGAAGCUGAAAUGGACGGGUCAGAUGCAGACGAUGCAGAGGGGCAGGAGCAAGACGACGACGACGAUGAGGGCGUCGACAUCGACCCAGCACUGUUUGACGAAUCAGAGGAUGAUCUUAUGGACAUCGGCGAAGCUCCCGCACUGGCUAGCGAAGAUUCGGACUUUGCAGGAUUCGACUCGGCUGAAGAAGAGGGCCCGGCAGCCAAAAAGGCAAAGAUGAAGUCGGACAAGAAGAAGGAGAAGGCCAAGAAGAAAGCCUUGCCAUUGUUCGCCUCAGUGGAAGAUUAUGCAAAGAUGCUGGAGGACGACGAGAACGAGGACAAGUGA